CUCAAAGUGGUCAGUCCCUUUCUUUAGUCAUGAGUUGAAAAUCUAUAAAUCCCAACAUCUUGCUGCAGUACCACGGCCGUCGCCCCAAGCAGAACUAUGAAUCGCAACAUCGCGAGACAAACAUCUACAUAUGCGAAUCAACCGUUUACAGGUGACUCGAAAGCCAAGGACUCUGCUCCCGCGGCAUCGUACCCCAAUUCCACGGGACGUUGGAGAAUCUAGACCCCAAGGCCUGUCUCCCGCAUCUGAGAGGGUAGAAAGUCUCCUUACUGGCAUCCGCGAAAUACACAAAGCUCGGGUGGAGCAUAGUGACAUCCAUCCUAGGAAUAUGAUGAUUGUUGAGGAUGAUCCCGCGAGAAGCGUUAUGGAUUGACUUUGAUCGGGCGCAGGCGUUUGAUAUGAAUUGUCCGACUGACCGGCAGCGGGGUUGGAUGGAGUUUGAAUAUGAUUUGGUUGCUGAGAUAUGUGAUACUAUGGGAGCCGAUUCUAAGGAAGGAUGUAUGAACCAUACUAGGCUCUAUUAUUAUUGAAUCUUUUAUUUUCAAGCGUGAUUGGACUGGAGACCAGGGAU